GGUUCCGGCCUCCCGAGCUCCGGUGCGACAACAUGAAACUGCUCACCCACAAUCUCCUCAGCUCGCAUGUGCCGGGCGUGGGCACGCGUGGCUUCCCGCUGCGCCUGCAGGCCACGGAGGUCCGCAUCAACCCUGUGGAGUUCAACCCCGACUUCGUGGCGCGGAUGAUCCCCAAAGUGGAGUGGGCGGCGCUUGUGCAGGCAGCGGACACCUUAAACUUGGCCGAGGUACCCAAAGAGCCGACUGAAGGCUAUGAGCACGAUGAGACGUUUUUGAGGAAGAUGCACCAUGUGUUGCUUGAGGUUGAUGUGCUGGAGGGCACCCUGCAAUGCCCAGAAUCUGGUCGUCUUUUCCCCAUCAGCCGUGGGAUCCCCAAUAUGCUGUUGAAUGAUGAGGAAACCGAGACGUAACCUUGUUAGCCACAUCUUUGGUGUUUCGUGACUGUGUGUGUUAUCUGUUGUAUGGUCUGUUAACUAGAUGUGUGUAUGACCCCCAAAUUCCCCAAUGAUUCACCGACCAUCGUGUACUUGAGCUCCAUAGUAUAUUUUUUUUCUCAUUAAAGGUUCAAAACCAAAAAAAAAAAAA